AAACAAAAAUAUCCAACUUCUCAGCGAAUGUCACAAACAAUUUUAGAUGGAUCAGAAAAAACUCCUUCGAUCUCAAUCUCAGAUUUUUCGAAACAUUGUCAAUUUAACUGCGAUAAAUUAAUAUGGAAUUUCUUGAAUAAGAAACGAAAAAGGGACACCUCAACAUUAAAGGUGGCCUCUAAAAAUAGAAGUGAAGAAAUUAAAAAAUAUGUGAUAAAACAAUUAAAAAAAAGCUCAAUAGUGAUUGAUCACAGUGAUACGGAUCCAUCUAAAGCACGCGAAGUUUUAAGAAAUGCCCAAGUAGGGCAAUUUCUAUAUCAAUUAAAAUUCAAAGUCUUGGAUGAGUUAUAUGAUAAAUUAGAAACAAAGGGAAUUAAGUUAAAAAACUUUGUUCCUGAUUUCAUAGAGGUCAUUGAAGAGGAUGGUGAAAAACGGUUAAUGAUUUGGGACGCCAAGGCAUCAAAAGAAGCACGUGUUCCUUAUCAGUUCCAAGUCGCUUCAUACGUUUUUCUUUUAAAGCAUAUGACCGAAAACUUACGUGGAAUUUCAAUGUCUCGAUUAGGCGGAUUAUUUCUCUCGUCUUCAGAAGGUUUAAAACGUCAAACUUUCCCAUCAGUUAAGAAAGUUUCAUGGCACUUUAAUGCUCGCUGUAAAACUUGUGAAUUCGUAGAUGAUUGUCGUAAAGAAGCUGAAGGAACAAUGGCUAUGAUUCCAUAUUUAUCAACAGAAAAUGCAUCAUAUUUGAAACGGGCCAUUCGAAGUGUGAAAAAUAAUAACAAGUUUUUGAAGGAAAAUAAUCAUAAAAGCGGCAGGAAUGAAAUAGUAGAAGAUGAACCAGAUUAUAAAGAUCUGGCUAAUUAUCUUAGUCAUCAUAUAAUUAAUGAUGAAGAUACGAGAAAUAUUAAUAGAAAAAUAAAACAGAUUAUUAAAUAUGAUAAUGAUCAAAAUAGUUCACCUUAUCUUGAUGCACAUGAAACAGGAAAUGUCCAGUUUAUUGGCACACCAACAGUAACUUUUCCUCAGAAAACCGACCAUAAUCUCGUAAUUGUAAUGUCUUCUGACCCUUUUGUCUUGUAUCCUUUUGGGUGGGCUAUAUGUCUUUACACCGGUGAUGGAAAGAUCAUAAAAGAGUUUCGAUACGCUGAAUCUGUUUCUCAAUAUAAACAAGACGAAGCUUUGUCAGCAUUUAUCAUAUUUAUGAAUAAUUUUAUGACGUGUUUAGAAGAGACGUUCGAAUAUUUAUCCAACAAUAAAUCUCGAGCAUGUAUAUUUGUUUAUUCUGAGCAGGAAAAAAUUGCAAUUCAAGACUCAUUAAUUGAGUUAAUGACAUUAAAUUCUGAUAUAGUUUCUAAUAAUAUUCAACAAAAAGCAGCACAAUGUCUUUUUAAUCUUUUUGAAGAUUGUUCUCUUUUGUUAGCCGUCGGAAAUGACGAUAGUGAAAGUUCGAAACUUUCCGAUGAGUGGAGGGAGUUUCCUAGGCUUAUUGUUUUAGAGCACUCUGUAAAAGAAAAUAUUGCUAUCAAUGUUCCAGGUUUUUAUAGUGUCAUUGAUGUUUGGGAACAAAUGGUGAAACCCGUUUUUAAAGAUAACCAAGAGCUUUUGAUCGAAUUGGAGCCUCAUAUCUUCAAUAUUGAUCUUGAAGACAUUCAUUCUAUGUGGGCUUCCGGAAAUGUGAUUAAAGACGAAAUUAAUAAAUCUCAUUUAUUCAGAUCCGAAUUUGUUAAUAUUGUUAUUCAAGCUUAUUAUACUCUUUUAAACAAAUCGACAAAUAAUGUUGCAUCAAUAUUAAUAUUUUCUCCUCAAGUGUUUACUCUUUCAAAAUUUCGAUCUUUUAAUCAUCAUUAUUUGGGCAAAUUAUAUUUCUUUAAACAAUUUGAAGCAAUUACUACUUGCUCCCGAAUUAAAUUAGAUAGAUUUAAAGAUUUUGUUCAAGGAGAAGCUAUAUACGGUAUUCGUGUGAAAUUUGACAAAAUUAUUAAAGAAAAUAGUGAAUUAGAGGCAUCGUUUAUUGUUUUAAGUGAAUCUUUCUC